CGACAACCAUGGCUUCCAGUACUUAUAGUCACAAACCACAAUUUGAUACUCGAAUAGACUUUGAACUCGGGGCCUGGAAAGUCGGCAGAAAACUCUCAAGCAAGAUUCGGAAGCAGGAAGACCCACAAGGUGGCUUUACGUAUGAGCGACAUGAGGAUUUUGAAGCUACAAGAGUUGAUCAACCUCUCAAUACGCCCGAUGUCAUAAAAGUCAAAAAGCAAAUCACGUUUUGGAGUAACCAUAGGUAUUCCGAGCCUAGUGACGGUGUGUACCGCGAAAUAUAUAAUCUAUCGCAAUUAGAAGACUGCAGGAGGAUAGCUAAGCUUCUUGGGUACGCUAUCAAAAGACAAGACUCUAGCGAUGAAUUACCAGGUGGGUACAUUGCAUAUAUUGUGAUGCAGAAGGUUCCUGGGGAGAAUCUACAUGGCUUCGACAACUUCCAAGAGAGGAGCAAAACCGUAUUCGAAUUGCCUUCAUUGAAGCGUUAUGGGAACUGCAGUCCCGCCAUUUCACUCAUUGGGAUCCACGAAGAGAAAAUAUUAUAUGGGAGCCCCAAAGUGGACAAUGAUGUCGAGCAACAUACCGAUCGAGCAAAGGAUGAUGUGUGUCUAGACGCAAUGGAACAAUUGGAGUACUGGGGUCUAAUUGAAGGACAAUAUGAGGGUGUGUUCUUUGAGAAAGAUAAACUAUUGGAGGACUUGAAAGUCCAACUAUACAGUGAGUAA